AUGGUCCAACAGAAGACCUUGGCUUCGCUCCUCCUCAGCGCUGGCGCUGGGUUGGUCGCUGCUGUCCCUGCUCCCUGGUGGAGUGUUGACCGCCACGAACACAACCACGCCGACCACAUGAAGCAUUUCAGCUUCUUGGCUCCUACUGGUGCCUCUCCCAGCAUUCCCAUUGGCACUGGCGUCCCUGUCGGCACCGGCAGCCUCCCAAUCGCCACUGGAUCUACUGCAACCUCCCGCGUCAAGAAGUCAUUGAGCUACGAUGCCAGUAGCAGCUCGGCAUCCUCCACUUCCACUGGAGAUGGAACUGCGACCCUCACCGCCGAUGAGGGCUGCACCUUCACGGAUGCGGCCUCUGCCACCGCUUCCAAGGCGUCGUGCUCCAAUAUCGUGCUUAGCGGCAUCACCGUCGCAGCUGGAACGACACUCGAUAUGACGGACCUCAAGGACGGGACGAACGUCCAGUUCGAGGGCAACACGACCUUCGCGUACGAUGAGUGGGAUGGUCCCCUUGUCAGCUUCUCGGGAACCGACAUUACCAUUACUGGCGCCUCUGGCCACGUCAUCGACGGCAAUGGAGCGGCAUGGUGGGACGGCGAGGGCUCCAACGGAGGCGUCACCAAGCCCAAGUUCUUCUACGCACACAGCCUCAAAAACUCCACGAUCCAAGGUCUCAACUUCAAGAACUCCCCCGUGCAGCUGAUGUCCAUUGACGCUGCUCAGAACCUCUACAUCAAGAAUGUGACGUUCGACAACACCGCCGGAGACGCGACGGACAGCAGUGGCGACGCGCUCGGCCACAACACCGAUGCUUUUGAUAUCGGCAGCUCCACUGGCGUUUACAUCUCCGGCGCCGAUAUCAAGAACCAGGACGACUGCCUCGCCAUCAACUCCGGGACUGACAUCUCCUUCACCGACGGCACUUGCUCCGGCGGCCACGGCCUCUCCAUUGGCUCCGUCGGCGGCCGGAGUGACAACGACGUGGCGAAUGUGUACAUUGCCAACAACAAGAUCACCAAUUCCGAAAAUGGCGUCCGCAUCAAGACCAUCUACGACGCCACCGGCAGCGUCAAGAACGUCACCUACUCCGGAAUCACCCUCUCCAACAUCACCGACUACGGCAUCGUCAUCGAGCAGGACUACAAGAACGGCAGCCCGACGGGCGAGCCUACCGACGGCGUCCCGAUCACCGACCUCACCAUCGAGGACAUCACCGGCUCGGUUGCUGACGAUGCGGUUCCCGUGUACAUUCUCUGCGGCUCGGACUCCUGCAGCGACUGGACUUGGUCGAGCGUCAGCAUCACCGGCGGUAGUGCCAGCACGAAAUGCGAGAACGUGCCAAGUGUUGCUUCUUGCUAG